ACUAUUGCUGCUGCUGCUGCUGCUGCUGCACCGACUUCUGCCAUCAGUAUUGCUGCUACAGACACCAGUGACAGACGGGUCGUUGUUACUCUUAAAGUGACUUGGAAGAUGAGGGCUGCCAUCUCACUGCUGGUGCUGCUGCUCUCCAUGUGUGGAGUCCAGACAGAGAGCAACGGCACUGAUUUUGACCUCUCCACUGAGCUGAAGGAGCUCAGAGACAUGGUGGUGGAGCUGAGAGGAAGGCAUGUGGCCAGUGAGCUGAAGGAGCUCAGAGACAUGGUGGUGGAGCUGAGAGGAAGGCAUGUGGCCAGUGAGACUAAGGUGGGAGCUCUGGAGGCAGAUAAUGUAGCAGUGAAACAAAGACUGGUAGCCAGUGAGAGUAAGGUGGAGGUACUGGAGGCAGAUAAUGUAGCAGUCAAAGAAAGGCUGGCAGCCAGUGAGGCAGAUAAUGUAGCAUUGAAAGAAAGGCUAGCUGUCAGUGAGGCAGAUAAUGUAGCAUUGAAAGAAAGGCUUGUGGUCAGUGAGACUACGGUUGAAGCUUUGGAGAGGGCGCUACAGGACACCAAAGCAGAAAUGAAGAUGGAGGUGGACAAUCUGAAGAAAGAAGAUGCAGAAAUUGAGAAAAAAGCGGAGAAUCUGGAGAAAGAGAUCAAAGCAGCACCCAAGGUGGCCUUCUCAGCAGCUCUGAGGAAAUCUGUAUACACAGAGUCUGUGAGUAAUGACAUGAACUUGGUGUUCAAGAGAGUCUUCACCAAUGUAUGCUUACCAUAA